AUUCUUUUGCAUAGUGGCAACAUAAUGUUGUUGUGUUGUUUUUUUCAUGCCAGCAGCUCUUGCUGGGUAGACGAGUGAGAAAUGCUGUGCCACGGAUAUAGAGGGGCAGGACACGAUGCGUCUAAGCUGCCGGAGAACACUCUUAAGUUCAUUAGGGCCACAGAAUAUAACAUAAUUAUUCACUUACAAUUUGCGCCACGACGCCUAAGUUUCAGCUUGUUUAUGUGUGGCGUAUACGUAAUUUUAUUUAGAUGCCUGAGCGUUACCUCUAAAAAGAUUGACGCACAGACUAGGCAAAUGGGCGUGGAGGCGUGGUGUAGGGCGUAGUAUGCAACAUUUUGGCUUUAAGGGCGUCGCAUUUGCAAAGUCAAUAACAGACUCAACAAAGUCAACAGACAGGCUGCUAAUGCCAUUAGAAGACCUCAGACCGCCUAGAAAAGGCGCACAGCACCAGGCGAGUACGCGAGAGAGAGGGACAAAGACAAAGAACAAAAUGGAGAAACGUUGGCUUGUUAAACCGCAGCUCAUUGCUGGCAAAAUAAAACCAACAUUGGCUCAGGACGGUUGCCGGUUGCCGGCACAGGCCCAUAAAUUCCAACAUUUGCCAAUAAGUUGAAAGGCUAAAGUUUUACAUUGGUAACCGAAAAAUAUGCAAAGCAGUCAUAAUUUUACUUUGCAACGAAAUAUUUUUGUAUAAAAUUGUUAGCAAACAAACUUUUUUUAUGCUUCAACUAAUUUCAAUCAGCUAACAAAAAUGUGCUGCGCCUGCCGCCACCUUCAAUUCCCAACCACCAGGCUCCCGCCCGUCUCAAAAAAUACACGCAAAACUUUUGUCAAUAAUGUCGACGCCUUGAACCUAAAACCUAAAACCUACCCAACCCGAUUGCUUUCUCUGCCGGAGUGUCAAGACAAUGGCGCAAGCACAAAGAGCACAAGCUAGAAAUGAUCCAUGCACCUGCCGGGCUGCCGGGCUGCCUCGGCGAUUCCGGCCACCCCGGCUACCACGGCUGCCCCGGCCUUGCAGAGUUUAUUAAGUUGGGUGUCACCUUCGGUGUUGUUGGCGUUGUGAACUUCUCCUUCAUCUCGGCGCAUUGCAGCAGCCCCUGGCAAUUUUUGUGUGUUUGCAAGUUUGUCUGCUUGUUUUUGCUUUUGUUGUCACUUCAUCAGCACGUCGCUUGGCCCAGCUUGGGGCAUGGCCAUGGGUGCGUUACCUACUCACAGAUACAUAGAUGUGGCAAGAACUCUUAACUUCAAGAGGCAAAAAAUUGAUCAUUUCAAGUUUGUGUCACCUUUCGCAUAUUAUUUGUUAUUGCCUUUGGGUCGAUUUGCAUAAUUGUCAAUUGCCAUCAAUAAAGUGUUUAUUAAAAAGUUUUUCUGGUUUGCCCCAACACAUGCCAAACGGCGGCACUUCAUGUGUGCUUCUUCAAUUACUUGGGCAAUUUUCGGAUUGUAUCCAUAUGGAAAUGUGUCUGUAAUGGCAAAUCUGCGAAACUUGUGCAACUCAUUAAUUAACUUUGCCGCCAUUGUUUGCGAAUGCUAUUUAUUCUUGGCGGCUUAUCACUGAGCCCAAAGUGGCCGUUGUGCGAAAGUAAAUGCUCGCUUGGCUCCGAACCAAAAAGAAAACAAUAACAAAGCUGGGAUGAGUCCAGAGACGAGAGACGAGAGACCCAGUGUCGAAAUCCCAAAGUUUUAAUGAGCAGGCACAGCAAAACUUGGAUAAACAAAAAAUAUGAAGCUCUCGGACACAAUGGCGACACCGAUUGAGGAAAAACUCGAUCAAAACUUGAAGGUGCGCUCGGGCAUGGUUCAUGUCAGCGAUGGCAAAAGUAGACCAGAACCUCUCAGACUAAGUCUAACAAUGGAAUUGUUGACCUUGCAAAAGUUGGAAAUUGUUACGCCAACAAGCUCACAGCACAAUGGACCCCCAAUGGAAUCCAAGGAGCGCAUGGUGCAAAUAACGAGACAAAAACAGGGCGGCCUAGGACUGAGCAUAAAGGGUGGCGCCGAACAUAAAUUGCCCAUAUUAAUAUCGCGCAUCUACAAGGAUCAGGCGGCCGACAUAACCGGCCAGCUGUUUGUCGGCGAUGCCAUUAUAAAGGUUAACGGCGAAUAUAUAACUGCAUGCCCGCACGAUGAUGCGGUCAACAUACUGCGCAAUGCCGGCGACAUUGUGGUCCUCACAGUGAAGCACUACCGCGCCGCCACACCGUUCCUGCAGAAGCAAUUAACAAAGGAUACACCAGAUUCCGACAACGAUGUCACAUGCGCCGAGCUAAAAGCAGACGAGGGCUACAAGUCCUCCGUGAACAGCGGCACCAUAAGCCGCAGCUGCAGCCGACCCAUGUCAAUUUGCUCCGAGCCCGAGAAGCGCUGGACCGACGUGGUGGCAGUACCGCUAAUGAUGGCCUAUGUGACGCGUUACAUCUACGGCACCGACAAGCUGCGUCCCAAUGCCUUCGAGGUGCGUGGCCUGAACGGCGUCACCACCGGGGUCAUACACUGUGAUGAGCUGGCGAUACUGAGUCAGUGGCUAAAGCUGAUAACCGACAACGUGGUGGGUCUGACCCAUCUGCAGAUGAAACUCUAUAAUCGAAACUUUGCCGUUGGCGAGCGAAUCGAGUACAUGGGCUGGGUGAACGAGGGUGUUAUCAAUAACAACAUAUCGUGGCAAAGUUAUAAGCCCAGAUUUCUAGUGCUCAAAGGAACAGAAGUGAUGCUAUUCGAAACGCCUCCGCUGAAUGUGGCAGGCAUAAGCAAGGCGCUGGUGGUCUAUAAGGUUUACCAGACCAUGUUUCGCAUUGUUAAGGAAUCCGAGACCGUGGACAGUCGACAGCAUUGCUUCCUGCUGCAAAGCUCUGGACACGAGCCACGCUAUCUGAGCGUAGAGACCCGUCAGGAGCUGCUGCGCAUUGAGAACAGUUGGAACGCGGCCAUAGUGACCAGUGUUAUAAAAUUGGGGCGCAAGACCUUUGCCGUUUCACAUCACGGCAAAAGUGGCGGACUGACACUUGACUGGCAGGCGGGUUUCUCACUGACAGAGGGCGCCGAUUCCACCAUGGUCUGGCAGUAUAAAUUCUCACAGUUGCGCGGCUCCAGCGACGAUGGCAAAUCAAAGUUGAAGCUACAUUUUCAGGACAAUGAGACGCGGGCCAUCGAAACAAAGGAAUUAGAGUGCCAGGUAUUGCAAAGCUUGCUAUUUUGCAUGCACGCGUUCCUCACCGCCAAGGUUGCUUCCGUGGAUCCGGCUUUCUUGAGUUCCAUACAGCAGACCUAAGCUUGGCUAGAUUGAUAUUGAUUGAUAUAUGCAGAAUCAAAACAUUUAUAAGCUGAGCAACAACAAGUUGUAUUUCAAAAAUACACAUCAAUUAUAUAAGUAUGUAAGCUAUUUAUCGUAAACAGGCUAUAAUUAUGCAGUGUGUAAGUAAACAAAUGUUUUGUAUGUAUUAUGGAAUUAGUUAAAAUUGACUAGCCUAAAUAUUCAGUUAGAUUUGAUAUACCGAAUAUACUAAUUAAUGUAAACAUUUGCAUACAUACACACACACACACACUCGCAUACAUGCAUAUAAAUCAUAAUAAUUAUAAAACAAAUUAUAGAAUGAUAAAAUUAAUGUGAAAUCUCUUGGUGCAACACAUGUAAACUUAAGCGUGCUCUAGGCUUCUUUCCUAUAAUCAGUUAAAGUUGUCGAUACGUUUAUAUACAUAUAUAUACAUAUAUAUAUCUGAACAAUUAGAAAUUACACUUAGAUACGUAUUUGAUUUAUCUACCUUAGGCUUUAUCCAAGUACUCUAAUCACGAAACGAAAGCGACUUUGUCAUCUGAAAUCGAGAGAUCGAAAUCGAAUUGAGUAAAGCUCAUUAUUUUGUCAACUACAACAUUAUAAAUGAAUGAAAACGAUGUGCAUUAUAGUGAAAAUAUAAUUUUCAAUUUUAAUGAAAAUUCUAAUGUUACAACUAGUUGUUUAUUCAAUAAUUGUUGCGCUUCUUAAAUAUUAAAUCAUUAAUCUAUUAUUUUAUAAGCAUGCAUCUCAUUUGGGCGCAUGAACAAAAGUUCAAAUUUGAUUUUAAUCUAGAUGCAUAAUAUUUAAAUAUGCAUACUCACACACACAUACACACAUACACACACAGACAGCCACCGAAAUUCGCAUUCGUAUUCAUACUAGAUUUUAAAUCAAGCCUCAAUUUAAGUAAUUCCAUUGUAAAUAUAUACUAUAUGUACACACAUAUAUAUAUAUAUAGAUAUAUGCGAGUAAUUAUGGCUCAUAAACAUGUCGUGCGUCAAUUCAAAUGUGUCUUUCAAUUGAGCGAAUACACAUCCAUAACAUCAAGUAAACAAAACAAUGCUACAAAAACAUACAACUAGAGAAACAUAACAAUAUUUGUUGCUCAUACUCAUUAAGCAUUUCCAGUGGAACAAAUGGUUGAUUUAUUGUACACAAAUCAGUUUUACUCAAACUAAGACAGUCGAAACAGCUUAAUAAUAUUUAAUAUAUGCUCAUAUAUUUAUAUAUAUAUUCGCAAUCGUGUGUUUGCUUGGAUUCCAAGUAAACACAUGCCAGAAACUGUAAACGCAACUCAUCAACGCAAUCAUAUCAAAAUAUCAAUUAACAAUUAUCAAGCCCACGUACUCACUUGUAGAUGUGCACACAUAGAUACAGGUGCACCCAAGACAAAGCUAAAUGUGACAGGAUAUUGCAAGUUUCCACGGAAACAACUCCAUAUAUAUACACUGAACCAUAAUUCAUCAGAGUACUUCGGCUUGCUGAAGAUCAUAUACCAGUGCAUCCUAUCUGUGUCCUUUGAGUCAAAGGCCGCGCAGGCAUAAAUAAAAAUGACUUAAUAUUGUGUUCCGUUCCAAUUCCAAAAAACUCGUAUUUUUACGGCUCAGCAAGUGAGUCAAUUUUUCUGAAGUCAUUGCUAGAAAUUUGAAACCAGCAUUGAAAAUUAAUCAAACAUAAAUAAAACCCUUGACUAUUUCAUAGUUAAGCACUAGCUUACAUUUUUAUUUAUUAUUAUUAUGUCCCUUGCUGCUUUAUCAUUUGGUUUGAAGUUAUUAAAACUGCGUCCGUUUAUUAGUUAAACUUCCAUACUUGUGCAAUGGUAUUUUAGGCAACAGUUGCAUACAUAUAUAUUCAUACAUUAUACACGCAUUCAGCCAGGCAAAAAUACAAAAAAAAAAAGAAGUUAUUUACGUAGACUGCAAAUUUACAACCACAAAAGCCAGCGAAAAGUCCUUGCAGAAGAAACUUAACGAAUCACAUAGUAAAAUUUGUAUAAGCGGUAACUGAAUGAUCGAAUAUUAGAACAGACUUCAUACAUAUUUACAAAAUAAUUGAAGUAAUUAAACUACUGUAUACCAAGUUACAAAACAAUAUAUAUUAUAUAUAUAUACAUAUGUAAAAGUACUAAUUAAUAACAAGCCGAGCAUGUUCAGGCAUUUUUCGGGUAUUUAACAAUUCAUUCAAUUCGCAGUUUCCAUGCCUGACACAAGGCUUAGAGGCUGAACAUUCUUUUCAAAUGUUUCUUCGUUAAGAACUUCAACCAAUUUCCCCCCUUUAAGGCACCUAAACAGACCAAAAUACGUAAAAUGCACUACAAAUAAUCAAUAUAAUAAAAAGCACAAAAGAAAUAAUUGUCCUGUCGCAAACUAUUUUUUAACAGCAUACGUAAACAAGCAAGAAAAUGGUUCACUUCGGAUUGCCGAAGAUUAAAUACCCUUGCUGAAUUCAAAAUAUUUGAAUGCAAUGCAAUUUCUUCUGAACUAGUCUUUGAAUAUUCAUCGUAACAAUGGAGUAUAGUUAUCCAUUCAGAUAUGUACAAGGACUUGACUACAUUGACUCAGAUCGGCAUACUUCUAUAUUUAUUGAUUUGCUACAUAUAUGUCAUACUCUGCAAGGGUAUUAAAGCAACCGCAACAAAUACCAAAAAAAUAAUCUGUGCAUACCAAAUAAGGCGCUAGCAUCCCGGCAUACGUAUCACACAUAAAAGUAUUACUGGAAACGGCUAAAUGCAUAUUUUAUUGAGCUAAAACCUUUAUAGGGAAUAUCUAUGUACGUUUUCUAAGCCGUGCAGACACAUAUAUUGUUAUUUUUAAAUAUAUAUAACGCACACAAAACAAGACAAAAGAACGCUGCUUACGAAUUCAGAUACAUUUACAUUCAUCCACAUGCGUUCAGCUUUCAAUGUAAACAUUUAACUUUCAUCUAUAAAUUUCCGUUUAAAAAAAGUCAUAUCCCACCCAUUAACCAUUUACUUUAUGAUAGUGCGUAUGAUUGAUUUGCAAUUUUUAUAUUCCAAAUAUAUGAACUUAAUAAAUGUAUUCGUUUAAAUGAGAGUUAGACGAAAAUGAAUUAUGAAAUAAUAAUAAUAAUAAAAUAAUGCUCUUAAAUAUGCAACUGAAAGAAA